GUGUGUGUGUGUGUGUGUGUGUGUGUGUGUUAAUCGACUGCAGUCUCAAAGGUUCCUGUCGGCAGGUGUUCGUCUCUCUGUCUGUCCAUGUUGGGAGGUGUUAUGUGCGGAUUUUCCUCUUGUCAUCAAACAGUGAGCGGACCAGGUACACCUGAACCGCAGAAACCAUCAUCAUGACAACCAUAUUGAACACCGACCAGAAGUUCACUCGGUCAAAGUUACUCUCCUGGAGGUUCCUGUCCCGAGCCUCGAACGCCCGCAGCACAGCGUCUGGAUCUGAACGCUCUUCCCUAAACGGGCCUUCACGUUGUUGAUGGCUUCCUGGAGACAGGAAACAAGGGUCGGACUGAAGCUGGGAACAAAAAGUCAGUCAUACUCACACCAAGGAGAACAGCUCGAGAGGUAGAAAUACGAGCUGGAACAGGAAUUUCCCAUCUUUGAAAGAACCCGGUGUGACUUCUGACACAGAUGAAGUCUGUGAGAGGUGGAGCAGGCUGCAGCUCUGAAACAAUUGGCUGCCCCUGGCCAAUAGGUGACAGUUCAUGACGAGCUCUAUUCUUGUGACACUCUCCUUGUGACUUUGACUGCAUCAGGUUUUUUUCCAUAUGCACGUGUCGCAGUGAUGACACUCAGCUCAGUUUCAGCAUCACUGCAGGGGGUUAAGCCUGGUUCCCCUGCACAGCAUUGAAGACCCAAGCUAACCCUGAAGCUGUCCAGCUGCCAGCCUCGUGUGACCACUGAAGACGAGAGAAAGUUCACACUGGUUUUAUAGCUCCUCUUCUUUCAAAGAUCAGGCCUCUUCUACUGUGAGCUGAUCGCUUUCAGACACGUCAACGCUGUGAAUGGAGCCCAAGCUCCUUUCACACACACACGACACACUCCUGAAAAUGUCCUGACAUUUCCCCUGUGGGCUGCAUGUGUAAACACAGAUGGACAAAUGUUUUACCCCCAACUUCAUCAAGACCUUUCCCCUCCAGCCCUCAGAGAAACGUGUGUGAAGAUGAGGGGAGAUGUGUGAAUGAAGCAAGCGAGUGGGCGGGAUGAUCGAGCAAAGUUUGAUUCACUCAGCAAACAGGACACAUUACUCAUCACUCUUUCUCCUCCUGCAUGCUCUACCCAGCCACCCCGGGGAGAGUGCAAUAGACACUGAGGAUCUCCCACUGUGAGGUGCAUGGGUGAGCUCCUGAAAACAUCAGGGCCUGAAUGUCUAAAGAAAAAUGUCAAGAGUCAGUUUGUGAAAGGGGCUUAAGAUUUCAAAACAAGCUCUGGCUCCUUUUGGACUUUUCUAUGUAGGCAUGCCAGAUCUCUGAUCUCUGCAACCAUGCACAAUAUAUCGGGACUGCCGGUUUGGCUCAGUUUGCAUAGCAAAAGCCCCUUGUGUGCAGGCUACAAUCAUUGUGCACUGGUCAUAGGAUCAAUGCCCGGUCCAUGUCACCCUCCCUCUCUCCCCUCACAUUUCCUGUCUUUGUAAGCUGUCCCAUCAAAAAUAAAAAAGAGAAGGACAAAAAAAUAACCUAAAAUAGAAACCUGCACACCACAUCAAGCUGUGUGCUGCUGUUACACAUGCAAACCAAAAUUAUCCUACUGUUACUUGCCUCACAUUGAAAGCUAUCAACUUGUGGGCUGUACUGUUGUGAAAAAAUUACUUUAACUUAAAUAUGCUCAUCUUUCUAAAAAAAAAAAAACAUCAUCCAGUUUUCCAUAUGUGGUGGAAGAUCAGUUUCAGAUCUACAAACAUCCACAGUGAGGUAAAGAGACCUGCUGCUGACGUCUGACCGAGGUCAGAACACCUCCAUGGAAACGUCACCUUGUUGUUCUCUGCAGUGGAACACUCACAGCACGUCUGCUCAGCUUAACAUCCUCCCCGCCGUGUAAAAAGGAUUUAUGUGACGGACUACAAGCUAUUUUGUUGGCAGCCUGAAGGGUCACGGUGCCCCUCGUGUCAUACUGUGAGGUGUGUGGCACAGUGACAACAAUCACAGCAGCAGACAACAGAGGGACAAAGUCUGAACCCUACAGCGAGGAUCAAAUAAACACACUGUGAAUCUGACUCCUGAAUGUUCAGCACCACACAAAAUAACAUGGUUUGAUCAGACGUGGAGUAGGCUGCAUGUUUCCCUUACCAUGAUGUCCUCCAGCCUUCAUGUCCAGCAUGUCUAUGCUUGAACGUACUCCUUCCAGUCAUCGGGGUCUUCACUUGUGUUCAUGUUGUCCAGGAUCAGCUCAAAGAAGAUGAGCUUCUCAGAGACAGAGCUGAACGUGUUGUCGAAGCAGAACAUGUAGUCUCCGUCUUCUGUUCAACCCUGGAGAGGAGAACGAGCAGUGAGAGUCACUGAACAGGACUUGACCAGAUGGAGAGGCGAUUAUGAAGUCUACAUCCAGACUUCCACCAUCUAACACCUUUGGACAGGAGAGGACAAACCCAGAGGUGGAGGAUGAGAGACAUGUUUCUGUACCCCUGUCAUUAUGUGUAUUGUUCAGAGCAGAGCUCGUCUGGCUCAGCUCAGUCUGCCGCGGACAAAACCGCUGACAGCCCGAAGCCGGACCAGGAGCAGGACUCAACGCAACACAAGGUGUUGGAAGAAUGGACGACGCACACAUCAUACGAUAUGGGACUGGAGACAGAGAGAGCAGCAUUAGAGAAGCUGGCAGAACACAACAUUCACCAAGAACAGACUGUGAAUCCUGGAGAAGCUGAGGUGAAGGAGACCAAGCCCGACCAAGAGUCUGACCCUGAACCCGUCGCUCCUGAGCCAGAACCCCACCAAGACCCCAACCAGGCUGAUGUGGACCAGCAGACUGACACCCAAAACCAAGACCAUGAAGUCCCCGUGGUCUCCACUCCAGAACCAGUUCCAGCACAGACCCCAGAGUCCUCAGAAGCCCCAGCAGAGACCAUCAGUGAGGCUCCUGCUGCUCCCCUGAACCUGGACUCAAACCCAACCCCCUCCCAAGAUGAAGCUGAAAACACACCUACCUCACAGAGUGCCGGCCCGACCCACACAGGUGAGAUGUGGGUUGCCAGUGCAGGAGAUGAACUCCCAGUAGACACCUUUGUCUCUGCUGAGCACUCUGAUUCUCAGUGCGGGGUCGUUCCCCCCGAACUGGCAACCUGUGAAAACUCCCCCUUUGGCAGCCCUCUCUUCAGGGCGGAGGAAGCCGGCACAAAGGACCAGCCGUCAGAGCAGGUCCACAGUUCUGCUCCUGAAGCAGAGGUCCAGUCCGGUCCUGGUCAUGUAGACCAGGAACAACAACAACAACAACAACAACAACAGCAGCAGCAGCAGGAGCGACAGGAGCGACAGGAGCGACAGGAGCUGGAGGAUGGGCUGCCUGAAUCUGACCGAGAGGGAAACGCCUCCCAGGUCCACCAAGAUCAGCAGGUCGGGGAUCCCUCAGUGCCGAGUAAAGAGGACAUCCCCACCUUCGACGAGUGGAAGAAGCAGGUCAUGGAGGUGGAGAAGGAGAAGAGUCAGUCCCUCCACACCUCCACCGCUGGCACUCCCCACCCCGUGAAGAAGGUCCAGAAAAACUUCAAGAACAACUACGCCUCAGUGGAGUGUGGAGCAAAGAUCCUGUCUGCCAACAGCGAGGCCAAGAGCACUUCAGCUAUCCUCAUGGAGAACAUGGACCUGUACAUGCUGAAUCCCUGCAGCAACAAAAUCUGGUUUGUGAUCGAGCUCUGUGAGCCGAUUCAAGUCAAGCAGCUGGACAUCGCCAACUUCGAGCUCUUCUCGUCGACACCCAGAGACUUCUUAGUUUCCAUCAGUGACAGAUAUCCGACCAACAAGUGGGUGAAGCUGGGAACCUUCCACGCCCGAGAUGAGCGCAUCGUUCAGAGUUUCCCCCUGGAUGAGCAGCUGUAUGCGAAAUACGUGAAGAUGUUCAUCAAGUACAUAAAGGUUGAACUCCUCUCACACUUUGGAUCAGAACAUUUCUGUCCGCUCAGUCUCAUCAGGGUGUUUGGUACGAGCAUGGUGGAGGAGUACGAGGAAAUUGCAGAUUCUCAGUACCCCUCAGAGAGACUGGAGUACCUGGAUGAGGACUACGACUAUCCUCCAGGGUACCAACCAUCAGAGGACAAGGCCUCCAAAAACCUGCUGGGCUCAGCAACCAACGCAAUCCUUAACAUGGUAAACAACAUCGCUGCUAACGUGCUGGGCGGCAAGCCAGAGCUGGAGGGAGGAGCGGAGACAGGAGGUAACACAACAGCAGAGGCGGGCGCCCCCGCCAAGCAGGAGAGCACGGAAGAAACGCCCAAACCAGCUGAAACGCCUCCAGACUCUGCCGUCCUGGAGCCUGCACAACCACAAAGCCCUGAAACCCUGGAGGACUCUGCUAUCUCCGAUGACUCUCCCCUUCCUCCCCCCUCGUCUUCAGACUCCCAGGAGGACAGGCAGAUCGUCACUCUGGUGGAGGAAGAGGAGGAGGAGGAGGAGCCCCAGCAGUCAACUGUGACCCUGAUGAAGGAGGAGGCGGAGGAGGAGGAGGAGGAGAAGAGGGAGGAGGAGACGAGGAGGGAGGCAGACAGGAACAUGUGGGAGAGUCAGUCGUACUGUCCCUUCUCCUCCCUCUCCUCCCUCUCUCUCUCCUGCAUGGCCACGCUGCCCGAGCUGCUGCACCGCUGGUGCUCCGCCCGCCUCGCCAAAGAGCGGCUCCGCAACCUGAGGAGGAGGCAGCUGGGAGUCCAGACUCACACACACAGCCCCUCCCUCACGCAUACACCUCCACUGAUCCCCGCCCCCGUCCCCACCCCUUUGGUAGAAGCCCCGCCCCCAACAGAAGCACCCCCAGAGCCCGAGGUUCCCGUUCAGGGUCAGCCCGAGGAGCCCGACACACACACCCCCGACACACACACUCCAGAGCUCGUCAUCCUCCUGGAGCCCAGCAGGACUUCCACCCUCCCCUCACAGAGCUUCUCUGACAGCUCGCUCACCUGGCCCACCCCCAUCCAGGAGGAGAAGCUGCUCCCCCCCAUCAAAGACGCAGCCCUGGACCCGGUCCCCACUCCGCCCCUGCAAGCAGCCUCCAUCCCACAGACCCAGCUGGCCAGCAGCGCCACCCCCACCCUGUCUGUCAGCACCCCCCCUCAGCCUGUAGCCUCAGAGACAGCGACAGCGGUCCUGGCUGGGGUCCCUCCUGUGAAGGAACAGCCAGUCCAGUCCCUCCCCACUGUCACCAGACCUGAAGACCUCAUCCCCCCUCCCACUGAGCAGCCAGCUCCUCCCCCACAGCCCCCCCCCCCCACAGACUCCGUCAGGACAGACAGUGGGGACCCACAGAGACACUCAGUCCCUCAGGCUCACGGGGAGCAGGUGGACCCCCUCUCUCAUACAGGUGACCCUGCCCGGCUGGAGGACUCGGUGGAGGAGGACCUCCUGAGCUCCAACGGGAAUGUCCACCGCACGGCGACAGACUUCUACGCAGAGCUGCAGAACGUCGGGGAUUAUAACGGGGGAGGGCUGAACGGGAAUGGCGUGCUGCUCAACGGGGGGGCGGUGCACGGAUCCAGCCAGAAGGAGAGCGUCUUCAUGAGACUCAACAACCGGAUCAAAGCUCUGGAGAUGAACAUGAGUCUGUCCAGCAGAUACCUGGAGGAGCUCAGCCAGAGGUACCGUAAACAGAUGGAGGAGAUGCAGAGAGCGUUCAACAAGACCAUCAUCAAGCUGCAGAACACCUCACGUAUAGCAGAGGAGCAGGAUCAGAAACAGACCGACUCCAUCCACAUGCUGCAGAGUCAGCUGGAGAACGUCACCAAACUGAUGCUGAACCUCACGGCCACGGUCAGCCAGCUGCAGAGAGAGGUGUCAGACCGUCAGAGCUACCUGGUGGUCUCUCUGGUCCUCUGUCUCUUCCUGGGCGUCCUGCUGUGUCUGCAGUGCUGCCGCAGCACCUCUCCAAACCCCAGCACGCACACCGCUGCCCUGCCCAAGAGCAACCACUACCCCAGCCCCAAGAGAUGUUUCUCCUCUUACGAUGAUAUGAGCCUGAAGCGCAGGGUGGCCUCUCCACUCGUUCGCUCUAAGUCCUUCCACCUGUCCUCUACAGAAGUAGGUCCAGAUGACUUGUACAUUGUAGAACCUCUAAGGUUUUCUCCAGAGAAAAAGAAAAAACGCUGCAAGACAAAAUCUUUGGACAAAGUUGAGCUUCUGAAGUCCGAGCUGCUUCUCCCGCUCACAAACGGGGGCCCAAAGUGCAACGGCUUCCAGCCCUGCCUCCCUGAACCUCCACCUGCACCUCCCCCUCCUCCUGCUCCUCCUCUUCCUCCCCCUUCUGUGAUCCCCCUGCCUCCCCCUCCCUCUGUAGAGGAGGUGCCGUACCUGCCUCUGUCAGAGACCAGCAGCUGCAGCUCGUCCACUCACUCUGAGGAGUCCUUCACGAGCCGCCUCCCCCCUCCCUCCCCCAGCUUCCCCUCCGCCGGCCUCUUCAACGGCCACGCCCUCCCUUUCCCCCUCAACAAGUCCCGUCAGGAGAAGCGUUCGAUGAAGAGGAGGAAGUCUCGGCAGACAGAGCUGCAGUUCCCCUUGGUGCCGGGCGGGGGUGUGGGGUCUCUGCCCAGCCUGCAGCAGCUGAUGAAGGGAAACAAGGAGAUCAACGUGGGGACCAUCGGGGUGACCGCCGUCACCGGACACGUUUAGACACAGACUUUCUGUCCACACACACACACUCACAAACUCACACACACUAUGGUAGCAGACUUGUGUAGGAAGGAGAUGAGGUUUAACUGCAUCCCAAAGAACCACAUUUCCCAUGAGCACCCAGAUGCACCCCGGAGCUGCAGCUCAGCCCCGCCCCCCGUCAGAGACCUGUUUACGGUUACGUGCCUUUUAAAGCUGAACUCAUGAAUCACCUGAUGAUGAGGAGGUGAUGAUGACGGACAGAGACUCCAGGUGUUAGUCAGACCCUUACAGUCCAUGUUUUUCUACCGGAGAAGCACAUUUUCCCCGACAGGUGAGCGUCAGUGAGCAUUAGCCCCUCCCCCUCCGAGCACAGAAAGCAGAGGCCCCGCCCUCAGCGCUCCGUUCUGCUCCUGCAGGAACAUCAUGAAGUAUUCUGCUGCUCUGUGGAUGAUGAUGCACAGAGCGUGUUCUCUCUCCUUCAUCUCCUCUGUCUGACUCCACUGCAGGCGUUUGUUUGGGACCAGAGUGUUUAACCUUCCUCGUGCUUCAGCCUCUCUCUCUCUCUCUCUCUCUCUGUCAGUCUGAGUCAAACCGAGCGACGAGCUGAAUGAAGAAUAGUCUGCUUGUGUGUGAACGUGAGUCCUUUAGUUUCCUGUUUAACCUCAAAGCACAAACUCAGACACAGCAGUUUGGAGAUCCUCAGAGUUCAGGUCAGUGUGGGCUGGGCCCGCAGAGCUCACACACACACACACACACACACACACACACACACACACACACACACACACACACACACACACACACACACACACGGACGCAUUAAGAGAAACUGGUACAGGCGGGAGGGUGACGGUGUGACGAAGGUGAAUCAGGCUGCAGGUAAACAUCAUGUCUCCUAUUUUUAAUAUUUCUUCUUGUUGUCCAGCGUGGAGUCAAAGCUUCCUGAUCAGGGUUCUCUGUACUGUAGGGGCAUGUUAGUUGGCAGAGCUGAAUGUUUACACAGACACACACACACACUCUCACACACUCUCACACACACACACACACACAGUUACACGUAGACUUCUGGGACCCUGCAGCCAGGUGAGACCCGUUUUAUUUAUCUAUUUAUUUAUUUAAAGCUGACAGAUUUUGUAUGUGAGGCUCCGGUCCGCCGGCCUGCAGAGUCUUAGUAAGUCAGUGUGUUGCACAGAACAUUACAGAGCGUAAGCACAUGCUAGAGUCUCCUCUCACUCUCUUGAGCAUGAGUUAUCCUCGGCCUGACGUCACACGGGGGUUCACCGUCCCUCUUCCUGCAGCAGCACUUUCAAACCAGAGACCUGAUCCAGAGGACUCGUGAGGAUCCUCUCUCCGCUGUGUUUGAGUCUGUUCAGAGCUGCUAGUGGAAACGCCUCGCUGAGUCUUGUCUCGUUCAUGUAAGGUCGCCCUGCUGAUGAUCACGUGUCUCGCCUGCGUUCAGAGGACUGUUUGAACCCUGCAGGGAGUCUCAGACGUGACAUCAGGGCUCAGUUUUAGAUUUUAAUAGACGUCAUGUUUCUGUAUGCGGUGUCUGAGCGGCUCCAUUCGCUCGGUUUCGGUUUAGUCUGACAGAGACAGAACUCUUCAUCCUCACCUCUCUGAGCAGCUCGUCCUCUGACGCCCCCCUCUCUCUCUCUCUCUCUCUCUCUGACUGAACUCUAACACGCUUGCUUCUUUUAACCACUCUCUCACGUGUUCAUCUGCAGCCCGAGCUCUCUGUGCACCCCCAUGCUCACUCUUUUAUCCACGUGUUUUUGCUCUCUGUGCCCCCUCUCUCCCUGACUGAUGAUUUUAAAGAGAAGGAUGUGAACUGUUGAUGAUGGAUAAAGGGAAAGCAGCAGAGACGGAUGAUUCAAACACUAUAAAUGUGAUUCUGUUUGUUCCACA